AUGGGACCGAGCAAAGGCAGAGGGCCUCUAAUUGCAAAGUAUGCCCCUGCUGGAUUCAAGAAGGGCUUCGGCGCCGUUGGUUUAGGCAGACACACGAAGAAGGGUUUCUUCUUGAUCAAUUCAAUGCUAGUUCCUAAAUUUCAUGUCUCAAAUUUGGAAGGAUGUGAGCUCAAACCCUACGUAAGCCCCGAAACUUACAAAGUCGCGACGCAGAAAUUCUGGUCUGCCGACCUGGACGACUAG